GGGGACACAGUGUGGAGCUGGGGACGUUCGGAGCUAGCUGGGACCCUGCUCUGUCAGCAGGAAGGAACAGCAUCAGCACUUGCAAUGGAAGGGCGUCAGGACUAUGAUCUCCUGGUGAUUGGCGGGGGAUCUGGCGGCCUAGCCUGUGCCAAGGAAGCCGCUCAGCUGGGAAAGAAGGUGGCCGUGGUCGACUACGUGGAGCCUUCCCCCCGAGGUACCCGGUGGGGCCUCGGCGGCACCUGUGUGAAUGUUGGCUGCAUCCCCAAGAAGCUGAUGCACCAGGCAGCGCUGCUGGGGGGCAUGAUCCGAGAUGCCCCCCACUACGGCUGGGCCGUCCAGCCAGUCCUGCAUGACUGGAGGACAAUGGCUGAGGCCGUGCAGAACUACGUGAAGUCCCUGAAUUGGGGUCAUCGGGUCCAGCUGCAGGACAGAAAAGUCAAGUACUUUAACAUCAAGGCCAGCUUUGUCAAUGAGCACACGGUUUGCGGUGUUGCUAAAGAUGGGAAAGAGACUCUGCUUUCGGCUGAGCACAUCGUCAUUGCUACUGGAGGACGGCCGAAGUACCCCACCCACAUCGAAGGUGCCUUGGAAUAUGGAAUUACAAGUGAUGACAUCUUCUGGCUGAAGGAAUCCCCUGGAAAAACGUUGGUGGUUGGGGCCAGCUAUGUGGCCCUGGAGUGUGCCGGCUUCCUCACCGGGCUCGGACUGGACACCACCGUCAUGAUAAGAAGCAUCCCCCUGCGGGGCUUUGACCAGCAAAUGUCUUCCUUGGUCACGGAAUACAUGGCCUCUCAAGGCACCCGGUUCCUAAGAGGCUGUACCCCCUCAAGAGUGCGGGGGCUCCCAGAUGGCCAGCUCCAGGUUACCUGGGAGGACCUCACCUCUGGCAAAGAGGACAUGGGCACCUUCAACACUGUCCUGUGGGCCAUAGGUCGAAUUCCAGAAACCCGAAGUCUGAAUUUGGAGAAGGCUGGAGUAAACACCAACCCCAACAGUCAGAAGAUCCUGGUCGAUGCUCAGGAAACUACCUCCGUCCCCCACAUUUAUGCCAUCGGAGACAUAGCAGAGGGGCGGCCCGAGCUGACACCUACGGCUAUAAUGGCAGGAAAGCUCCUGGCGCAGCGGCUGUGCGGUCAGUCGUCAGACGUGAUGGAUUACGACAACGUCCCCACCACAGUCUUCACCCCGCUAGAGUAUGGCUGUGUGGGGCUGUCGGAAGAGGAGGCCGUGGCUCGCCACGGAGAGGAGCAUGUGGAGGUUUAUCAUGCGUAUUAUAAACCACUGGAGUUCACGGUGGCUGAACGGGACGCGUCCCAGUGUUACAUAAAGAUGGUGUGCCUGCGGAAGCCCCCACAGCUGGUACUGGGCCUGCACUUCCUAGGCCCCAACGCAGGCGAAGUCACUCAAGGAUUUGCUCUGGGGAUCAAACAGUCGGCCACGUGUGCACAGAUGGAAGAAGGGCUGUGUGUUGGAGCCUUGUCUGCGGACCGUGGAAGUGCCCCAUGGGGGGUCCUCGCUCACCGUGCCUCUGAGGAGGUGUGGGGCCUCCUACGCACAGGUGAUGCGGACGGUGGGCAUCCACCCCACCUGCGCCGAGGAGGUGGCCAAGCUGCGUAUCUCCAAGCGCUCGGGCCUGGACCCCACUGUGACGGGCUGCUGAGGGUAAGCAGCCAUCCCUGCCAGGCCAGGGGCACGCGGCACUCCUGCAGCCGCCCACGGCUGGCUUCUUCGGAGGCUCAGAUCCAGGAUGCCGGAGACUGAGCCCAGGCAAGCCUCACCCCUGUCUGGACAGCCCCCGAGGUAGCCAGCAUGGGCGGCCUCUGGACAGACUGCCUGCGUGCCCUGCAGGGAUGGCUCCAGGGGUCGUCAGCCCCUGCACCUCUCACACCCUCCUGCCUGAGCCAGCCCCGCCAGGCCCCUGAUGCCAGAAGAUGACGAUGUGUGCAGAAACCCACCCUGUGGGCUGCCCACCUCCGAGCCCCCCCCUGGCGUUCCUGGAGUGUAAAUAAACAGGGUGUCUUCCUGA